CGGGCAGGGGAGGGACUGCGCAGGCGCAGAAAAGGGGGCGGGGGACUCGGCUUGUUGUGUUGCUGCCGGAGAACCGGAGACAGUCUAGCUGCGGCCACAGCUUUUCCAGCUGCCCGACGAUGUCGUCUCAUUUAGUAGAACAGCCUCCGCCCCCGCACAACAACAACAACAACUGCGAGGAAGGGGAACAGCCUUUGCCACCGCCAGCCGGCCUCAAUAGUUCCUGGGUGGAGUUACCUAUGAACAGCACCAAUGGCAAUGAUAAUGGCAAUGGGAAAAACGGGGGUCUGGAACAUGUCCCUUCCUCAUCUUCCAUCCACAAUGGAGACAUGGAGAAGAUUCUUUUGGAUGCACAACAUGAAUCAGGACAGAGUAGUUCAAGAGGCAGUUCUCAUUGUGACAGCCCCUCCCCACAAGAAGAUGGGCAAAUUAUGUUUGAUGUGGAAAUGCACACCAGCAGGGACCAUAGCUCUCAGUCAGAAGAAGAAGUUGUAGAAGGAGAGAAAGAAGUUGAUGCUUUGAAGAAAAGUGUAGACUGGGUGUCGGACUGGUCCAGCAGGCCUGAAAACAUUCCACCCAAGGAGUUUCACUUCAGGCACCCUAAACGUUCUGUUUCUUUAAGCAUGAGGAAAAGUGGAGCCAUGAAGAAAGGUGGUAUUUUCUCUGCCGAAUUUCUUAAGGUGUUCAUUCCAUCUCUCUUCCUUUCUCAUGUUUUGGCUUUGGGGCUAGGCAUCUAUAUUGGGAAACGACUGAGCACACCUUCUGCCAGCAGCUACUGAAGGAAAGAAAGCCCCUGGAAAAGCGUGUGACCUGUGAAGUGGUGUAUUGUCACAGUAGUUUAUUUGAACUUGAGACCAUUGUAAGCAUGACCCAGCCUCUACAACCCUAUUUUUACAUAUCCAAGCUCCAGUAACUCUCAAAUUCAGUAUUUUAUUCAAACUCUGUUGAGGCAUUUUACUAACCUCAUUCCCUUUUUGGCCUGUAAGACACUUUAGAAUUUCCUAACGGAGUUUACUGUUGUUUAGAAAUUUGCAAGGGCUUCUUUUCCGCAAAUGCCACCAGCAGAUGAUAAUUUUGUCAACAAUGCUAUUGUCUCCUUUUAGUACCACCAGACUUAGACCUGCAUCAUUCAUGGUAUAAAUUUUACUGUUACAGGAUAACUACCAUCUCUCUCUUAAAACAAGAUGAGUUUAGCAAAUGAUAUAAAAGCUUAAUUGUUUUGUUUUGUUUUUCAAGACAAAGGCAAGCUUUCCUAAGCUUGAAUUUCUAAUUAUUAAAAAAGAAAACAAGAAAAAACAAGCCACAAGAAAAAAAAUAUUCUGGGCAAUAAAAAAUUAUUAUAAACCAGCUUUGGAGCCACUUUUUGUCUAAGCCUCCUAAUGGCGCCUUUUAAUUUGUAGGAGGCGGGCUAUAUAAAUUAUAGGUAUGAAAUAGAAUAAGAACUAAAAUACAUCAGCAGAUUUUAAUACUAGUAUGUUGUAAUGCUUUCUUUUCUAUGGUGUAGAGUCUUUAUUUCUGAUAAGGAACGUCUCAGGCCUAGAAAUACAUGAAAUUGCUUUUGGGAUUUUUGUGUGUAUGUUUGGUAUUUUUAUGUUGAUUAGCUGCAUGUGAAUUUUUCAUGACUUUCUUUAACUUUUUUUUCCUUAAGAAGAGACUUUGGAAUGAGGUCCAGUUUGUGGUAUAAAUGCAGGCUUCUUGUUUUAGGAAGCAUCACAUUUACUCUGAAGCCUUUAAACUCUGAAGAUAAUUGUUUCAGAGUUAUUCCAAACACUUGUGCAACUUUGAAAAACAGACUUGGUUUGUGGGAACAGUUGACAAAGUUCUGAAAAGAUGCCAUUUGUUUUCUUCUGAUUUCUCCCUUUUUAACGUUCACUGUACGAUCUUCCCAAGGUGAUUCCUGCGAUUGUGCAGGUACUGGUCAUUUUAUCCUGUAGCCAUCUUUUCAGUUAUGCUAAACUCCUGAAGUUCCAGAACCCUUAACAACUUCCUUCAAUGACAUACUUUCCUUUGUUUGUUUCUAAAAUGUGAAGCUUUAGGACCAAAUUGUUAGAAAGCAUCAGGAUUACCAAUUAUUUCAAGUAGAUUUAUUGGAUUUCAGAACACACAGCAUGACUCUGAAGGAUACUAUUAUGUUUUAUAUAUAAAUAAUUACUGUUUAUGACAGACAUUACUAUUGAAUAUUUAGAGAACCAUUGUUAAUUUUAAAACUAGCAGUCUACUCAUUAAAGUACAUAGGUCGACUUAAAUAAAAACACCAUGACAACCAGGUUUGCCAAUUUGCAGAAACUAUGUAACUCUUUUCUCUCUCACAACAAGUUUUGUAAAACUGAUGUGGUAUAGUGGAAAAUAACAUACAGAUUAAACAAAAAAUUUCUGACUGUCUUUUUUCAAGAGUAUAUCUGGGUAUCUUUAAGAAAAAGAUGAUAUACCCAAAAUAGUUUUCUGAAUUAUUUUACUUUUUUUUUUUAGCAUUUGAUGAUAAAUAAUUUUGGACAUCUUUUUAUUAUACCUUGUUUCUGUCUUAUUCUUAAACCUGGUAACACUCUAUUUGCCUUCUAUAACCUAUUUAUUUCAAGUGUUCACAUUUGAAUUUCUUUGCAAAGAGUAAAUUUGAUGGCCCACUGAUUUUGAAAAGCCUGAAUAAAAUUGGAAAGGCUGGUAAAGUUAAGAGAACUAAAUAACUAAACUGAUAUAAUAUCCAAUUUGUAUUACAGUUGUUAUCAUGGGAAGGAAAAGUAAAAUUAUUCUUAAAAUAAGAGCGACUUUUUACAGGCAGUACAUCAUUGUUCUCUUUUGAAAUGCAGUAGCAAUUCUGUCAGUAGUGUGAUUGAACUUGGAUAUAUUUAUGAUAUUUUUUUUCAACAUUGAAAGUAAAUUUAACUCUGCCCUUUUUCUGAAAAUACCUGUGAGAUUUUGGACUAUUAAAUGAUCACAGUAGAACUUCUCAUAAGAUGAAAUUGUGCAGUAUUUGUUGAUAGCCCUAACAUAUGGGGUAAAUGUUUAUGCUCCUACUCAAGAUUUGUGUUGAACAGAAACAGAUUGUGUGAUUGGAAAGGAGAAUCCAACAAUUAACAGUUGACAUUUUAAGAUUAAUGUUUAAAAAGCUUUAUACCUGUUUACAAUUUGGGGAUGAAAAGGCAGGUUUCUUUUUUCUUAUGUUUGAUGAAAACUGGCUUAAAAUAUUUGUAAAUAGGAUCAAGAGCAAAACUGCACAAACUUGUACUUUGAAAAGUACAACAAGUUACUUUGAUUGCAGUAAAAAUAUUUACUAUUCUAAAAAUGAAAAUUGAAGACUUAGCCAGGCAGAUGAGUUUUUAAAAGAACCAAUUGUUGAAAUUAUUGGAAUUAACUGAGCCAAAGUGAAUAUGCAUUCUUCAUCUAUUUAGUUAGUUCUUUGUAUCAUUAUAUACAGUUUACAAUACAUGUAUAACUUGUAGCUAUAAACAUUUUGUGCCAUUAAAGCUCUCACAAAACUUU